UAUUUUGUGAAAGUUACACAUUACUCGUAACAUUUGAGUUUCAUCAUGUCUAAUGUUAUUGUGAAGACGCAACUGUGUGGUCCGGCUGUGAAGAUAAUCUUUACAGUUAUAAAAUUUAGCGGCCAUACAUGUGAAUUUGAGUCUGAGCAUAUAACUGUUGAUGACUUGGCUGUAAUUACAGUUAAAUCUAGAUAUAUUGAUUCUAAUAAUGUUGGAUUCUACAUGGUAAUUAAGAAGACUGAAAAUGCUAAGGAUGUUGUUUCAGUCGACAUGACUUAUGAGAAAGCUAUUCAACAUUUUUUUUGUUCUGAUGCUUCGGUAGAAGUCCCUAUAACAAAAAAAACUCCUGAUACUUAUAUCAGUCAAAAUAACACCAAAGUAGACUUAUAUACCAUAGAAGUAAUCAUUGCUGUACAUGUAAUAAUGCCUACUAGCAUAACAUUAUCAACUAAAGAACUUUACAAAGAUACAAAGUCAAUGGACUUUAACCUGCAGGCAACAGAUGGCACUGUGCCGGUGCACAAGAGCAUACUAUUUGUUCAUAGCCAGAUGUUCAGGACCAUGCUCCAAGGACAGUGGAAGGAAACUGAGCAAGACAGCAUCAAGAUGCCCGGAGAGACGGCACAGACUCUUCAGCACCUGAAGGACUAUAUGUACUUGGGCACCAUUCCCGAGGAAGGGCUAGAACCGCUUCUGCUGCUGGCAAAACGUUGUUUGAUGGACAAUCUGGUAACUCUUUGCAUUGAUAAACUGAUUGAAUCUGUCACGCCGGAGACAUUUGAUACUCUUGUAGAAUUUGGCUGUCAGAACAAUGAGCCUAAAUUGAUGAAAAGACUCUUUCAGAAAAUACUGAGGUUUCCAGAUGAUAUUAUUAAUAGUUAUGCCACAUCUCGAAAUGACAAAGAAAAAUCCUAUUGA